GAAUUUUUCAGGGCAUACUCAUAUCGCUGAAAACAACUAUGAACCUGCUGUUUUUCUUCUUCUUCCUGGGAGCUUGUUUCUUAGGGCUAACAAAUGCUACAACCUGCUCGCCAGCAGAAAUGCGACGCUUCAUGGUAUGUAUGGAGAAGUGCAAAGCUGACAAACUGAUAUGCCGAAAAAGGUGUCACGUGGGGUGCCGUGGUCUCAAGAAAGGGCGUUCUGUAUGAAACGAGCACUCUUCCUCAUUGCCUGUUUCUUCUUGUGAUAAGAUGAAAUAAAGCAUUGUGCAGCGUGUUU